GGCGGGUGUUUUAUGCUUGCACAUCCAUAACUUACAUACAUCAUGACACCCCGACAGUAACACUUCAAAUUGUAAAAUUAUUAUAGACUGUCGUAGUACUCUAGUGUGUAAGUAUUUAAACUGCGCAGUAGCUAAAAGCUGCGUAAUUAGUCUACAUUGUAUAUGGUUUUACUAUGAAAGCUGUAGCAUUAUAAACUAUAAUUAACAACAUAAUUGUACGACUGUCCCAUCAUGCCUCACGACACCCCACGGUCGGAUGUGGCCUACACGUCCGUGAGCUCAAAUACAGAUAGUGCAACAGACUUUAGUAGGAAUAACAGCAGAUCCAAUGACGCAGAACAAAAUCCAAACAGGCUUAGUACUACUAGGUCAUCUGGGUUACGCUCACGGACUAAUCCGAAUACCAUGCGACUAAGGAGACGUCCAAGUGAAGAAUCGCUCAAUGCGUAUGAAGAGGAGUUUGAUGGGGGCAGGAGGGAUUCAUUCGAUACAGAGGUCGUUGAUGGGGUAAGAGCUCAAUUCUAUAAAU